AUGCGUGUGAUCCUCCAGAGAGGCUGCAGUAUGCAGAGCUGGAGGAGAGUUUCAGGCCAAUCAAGAGUUUUCCUGUUGGGACAGUGGUUACCUUCGUCUGCCGUCCGGGAUACAUGAGAAUCCCUGGAACAUCAGCCACGUCUACCUGUCUGCCUAACUUAGAGUGGUCACCCAUGGAGAAGUUCUGUACAGAGAAAGUAUGUAAACACCCUGGAGAUUUAGCACAUGGUACUGUUCAUGUGACAGAUCUCAAAUUUGGCACCACAGCUACUUUUACUUGUGAACAAGGGUACAGAUUACGUGGAGCUGAUGAAAUUACUUGUGUAGUUAGCGGUGCAGGUGUUGACUGGGAUAAACCUCUGCCUUACUGUGAAAUCAUUCCCUGUGAGCCUCCUCCCAGCAUAGCCAAUGGGCAGUACUCAGAAGAAGAGAGCUAUGUGUACAUGACCACAGUGAUCUACAGGUGUGAUGAAGUGCCCAAGGGACAGCCUCCCUUCUUCCUCAUUGGCUCAUCUACCCUUACCUGCAUCUCUGAUGAAGAAUCCAAUGGAGUUUGGAGUGGACCUCCUCCACAGUGUAAAGUGAUCCAAUGUGAAAACCCAAGGGUUGAAAAUGGGAGAAAAGUAGCUGGAUUUGGACCUUCCUAUUUUUAUAGGGACUCAGUCAUAUUUGAGUGUAAUCCAGGCUAUGCCAUGGUCGGAUCAAAUGCAAUUACCUGUGAAGAAAAUAGCACCUGGGUUCCUCCAGAGCCAACCUGUGAGACCAUUGGUGCAGAGCAAUGUGAGGCUCCAAAGAUCUCCAAUGGAGUUGUGAUCCCUGUGAAAUCUCUCUAUGAAAAAGGAGAGUCCGUUCAGUUAAAGUGCAAUGCUCAGUGUGCUUUUCCUGAUGGCACUGGAGAGAUGACAGCGACUUGCCAAGGACAGAGUCAGUGGAGUUCUCUACAGAACUGCAUCUGUAAGGGUGAAGAAGGUUCUGGUUCCACUCCACACAUAAGUUAUGGCAGAGUAAUUGAGGGCCAAAAACCUUCCUAUUCCGUGGGGGAUUUUAUUACGAUCGAGUGUUAUGCAGGAUACACCUUACACGGUGCAGCUCGGAUUCAGUACGUGGGGGAAAACCAGUGGGAUCCUGCAGUGCCAACCUGCAAACUGAGUGGAUAUAUCAUAGCCAUCAUCUGUGGGACCACCGUCGUCGCUGCUAUUCCUGUUGUUCCCCUGCUCUGCGGAUCUGGCGCUGCAGGAGGCAAAGAUGCUCCAAGGGAGCCAGCUACAGCCAGCGAAGGCUCAACUGCUGUGCAGGGCACGGGCUGCGGCCGAAGCGAUGGAGACGGCGGCCGCGCCAUGGCUGAGCCGGUUCCCAGCCCAGCGGUUGUUGCUAAACAACCAGCCCUGACGCUGGAGAUGUCAACGA